AUGCGUUGCUGUCUCUGUGGAGGAAUAUCCUUAGCCAAUCAGAGUAUGUGCGGGCCUUGUGGAGCUAGAGAACUCCCUAAUUUAGCCAUUCAGCUGAAAAGAAGUGUAGACCGGUGUAGCACGUGUCUGCGAUAUAGUAUGCCGCCUAGUUCUUGGGUAGCUUUGCGUUUUGAAGGCCCAGAGAUGCUAGCUUAUCUCUUACGGGCUGUAGCCGAGUUGAAUAAGCUUUCUUUGGUUGAUGCUCGCUUUAUUCAUGCAGAAUCACACUCUAAACGUUUGCAUGUAGCUGUGCAGAUAGAUAGAUCAGGAGAGUUAGGAGCACCGUAUACAGAGGAAGUACUUCUAGAAUGGAAGAUCAUUGGGAAGCACUGUUUAGAUUGUGCUCGAGCGGCUUCUAAUCAGACUUGGUCUUCGGUUGUGCAACUAAGACAGAAGGCUAGUGGGAAGAAGACUUUACUAGGCCUAGAAGCAGCAGUAGUUAAGGCUGGACUGCAUACUGAGACUACUGAUAUUAAAGGUGUAGCUGAUGGAAUAGACUUCUUCUUUAAAGGAAGAACUCCGGCCUUGCGUUUAGUGCGGUUUUUAGAGGGUAUAGUGCCUUGUCGGUUGAAGAUAUCGGAGCAAUUGGUUAAGAUGGAUAAGAAAUCAAAUGAUAGUAGAUACAAGUUUGCCUACUCAGUAGAAGUGCCUGGACUGGACGAGGAUGAUUUGAUUUUGCUACCGGAAGAGGCUGGGAAGGAUUUAGGAUGCUUAAGAGUGACGGCUGUCUUGCGGGUAGGACGAUCGGUGGUUUUAGCUGAUGCCAAUGGCCGAGUGGUAGAAAUGGGCAAGGAAGGGUACUUUCGCUGGGCUCGUGAUAUUAAAGUAGUUUCUCUGGGGUCAAAGGCGGUGGAAAUGGAAGUAGUCGAGGUAGAAAGAUCGAGUGCAUGGCGGGAUGAAAGAAACGGACUGGCUUAUGGAGCCAAUCGGAUGACUGAAGUUGUGGUCGUACGGCCUAAUGGCGAAUUAGCUGAUGCUCGGACAUACGUAACUAAUUUAAGACCGGGAGAAGUAGUAUUGGCCCAUGACUUAAGCACAUUACACACGGAGGAAGAUUUAGCGGCGGUUUUUGUGUUGAAACGGGCAGAACUUGGCAGUUGGCGAUUAUACCGGCGUUCGACUGCACCUGUUCCCUCACCAGCUCCUAAGAUUUCUCCUAAGGCCGCCAAAAGAGCUAGGGCCAAGCUAGCUGCAGCUGCUACUCGGGAGGCAGUGAUUUCUAGCUUAGAUAAUCUUCGUAUCUCACCAACCCAAUAA